AUGGCCACCGCAAUUCCACCACCACCGGCAGACGGCAUGGGUCUGCUCUCUUCCAACGUGCAUUCUCACAUCAACGGUUACCCACGCAAUUUGGCUCUCUCCGAGCUCGACUUCAAGGAUAAUCGCUACCCCUCUGUUGCCCAUCCGCCAUCUGGGUCUGAUCGAAGAGGUAGCGUGAUGAUGCAGAGCCCCGGGCCCAGCAGAGACGACGACGGUCGGGGAGGUGCUAUAAAUGGGCGCGGUGAAUCGCCCAGGCCGAAUGGCGCUGUCGACUACUUCACCCAGGACCAACAACGGCAGAAGGCAGAUUCACCGCGUCCGUACGAUGCUUGGGCGGAUAUCCAGCAACGGCAGCAGCUGCAGUUGAAGGAGAGCAUUGUGUCGUAUGCGUCGGCGAAUGGAGGGCCCCGUCAGGUGGAUGACAGGUACGCCAAUAGUAGGGACGAGCAUUCACCGCAGGCUGGUGGCUCUUGGGAGGUUAGGCAGGGCAGUGGUGAGAAGGGGAAGGAGCCGACGACCACGCCGCCGGACCAGUCAGGUCGACCGCGCUCGGCGGGUCAGACGCAGCCUUGGGGGGACACUCCUGCUGCUCUUCUCCCAUCCUCACCGCGACAUCCUUCCUUACCCGCCGCCGGCGUUGGUGCGGGCCCUAACAACAAUAACAACACCAACAACAGCUCUACCCUCGUCCCCAUGUCCGCCGCGCCGUCGUACAACCCUUCGAGCUCAGUCCCUAUUCCAGUUUCACCUAAGCCGCGCGCGUACGCUCAGCAUCCCACUUACGUCACUCCAGCGUCCGCGCCCAAUCCUGUGAACCCUAUCCUCUCCCAAAAUCCUCCGGUGCCGCAGGAGGAGGUGUGCAUCGAGUGUGCGAUGCGUGACCAAGAUAUGGCCGACGUUGACGUGACCUCGCCAGGUGUUUGGGAGCGGGAGAGCGAUGUGUACUACCUCGAGCUCUGUCAGAGGGAAGCGCAGGAGGAGGCAUCCGGUGAGGUGACUCCUGAUCCGGGUCGCCCCAGAGCGAAAGGCGACCUCUUGACAGAGUACAACCUGAAGAUAUGGAUUAGCAUGAACCCGAAGGAGCCCAGUGCUCGACAGCAGACAGUAGCUAGCUACGUGAAGAGUCAGCGAAUGCUACUGGAAGCCGAGACGCUCGCGCGUGCACAAGCCCUGCAGGAGUCCCGUUUGCUUGAAGACAAAAUGAGGGAUACGUACUCCCAGUUGCGUCGAUCUGCUUACGAGUUGGGUAGCAGUGCAGUCCCGGAUGACGACACGGGCGGCAUUCGUAUCAAGACCCCUCGCUCGACUUCGAUGCCUUCUGCGGGUCUACUUCACAACCAUGGACGCGAGGUGACCUUACUGGAGAAUGGCAUGAUCGUCGAGCACGUCGAUGUCCGCAAGGAAGAGAAGGAGGAGCGGGAAAGGAGGAAGAGGGAGGAAAAGCGAGAGAGAAGUCGCGCACGGAAGUCUUCGCGCGGUUCUGUCAUCGACGUCAAUUCAGUCUACUCUGUUAACAGUCCACUUCCUCAUACAGAUGGCGGCGUCCACUCUGGCGCUCGCCCUGGGCCUCGAUAUGUCCAAUCUACCUCUGGCAGGCCGUCGAGCAUCCUAACUGGGGAUAGACCUGCCUUACCCCGAGCGUUGUCCCAGGCGUCGUUCUCUGAUGUCCAGAGCAUCGGGUCCAUGUCGCCUAACCGUCGAUCACGAUUCUUUGGUUUGGGUAAUUUAUCUCCUGGUUGGAGGAGCCAGAACAGUCUGGCACCAUCGGGGAUGUCCGGAAGCAUGGUUGAUAUGCAUGUCGCUUUGCAGCGCGAGCAUGCUCGGGCAGGUCAUGGAGCUCAUCCUUCCGUUGAUAUCAGCAGCAAUGCCCCUUCACUGCGUCUCAGCCAGAUGUGGCCAGGGGAUGCGCAGUUGGAGCCUGCGGACUACCAAGGUUCCAAGACCGAGACUGUCAAGUCUAAAAAGAAGAGGAAGGGCCUCGCAAAGAUAUGGCGGAUAGUGACCGGCGGCUCCUCCAAGAGCGAGAACGGCAUUCCCACCAAUGGUCAUGGUCACCUGGUGGACGAUCUCCCGCUAGCACCUCCCCCACCUCUGUCCUACCUUGUUGAGAGGGGUCGAGAGAGGGGAAUGUCCGCGUCCGGGGAUCAGGGCAUGUCGUCCUCCCGUCAAUCCAUGCCGUCUUUGUCAUCCUCCAUAUCUCAAAGCUAUCCCGUUUCACCUGCUGGUAUGUCUCCCCCAACAGCACCAUCUAGCCUCCUGCCUUCACCUUCAUCGUCUCGUAAAUCUGUUCCAGAUCAUCGAGAUGCUGGGUUCGAUGGCCACAAGAGUGGUGGAAAUGAAGACCCUGAAAUGCGGCAAGCCUAUCCCGCGCCCGACGAACCCAGGUCGCCAAACCCAAGAAACAUGCAGCUAGGUCCCGAUGAUAGAGGCCGUAGCUUCCAAGGCUCCAUCUCAUCCUCCUACGGCGCCACACUAUCGCCUUCCACCACUCGUCCCGCUUCCAUCAUGCAGCGCGAGAAGUCCCUGCCUCCCCUCCCAGACGAGGCCGAAGUACGAUUCCCGACCGACACUCGUCCACAAACAGUGUUUACGUACGAACCUCCCAUUCUUCCCAAUGGGCUGGUUGCUCCUCAGGCGCCUUUCAGGAAUGCCGAGGUAAGGCGGCAAUCGUUCGGCGGAAUCAGUUCUCGCCCUCACCUUCCUCUUAACCCGCCCAAGGGUGCGAUGAUGACUACCGGGCCUGCGGGCAUAGUGGGAGCACCGUUCGCGAGCAAGUACAACGAGUUCGGCAUUUCGCGUCGUUCUCUUGGUCGCCUCGAUGAUGCGAGGUAUGAGCAGGAGUUGAGGCCCACCCCACGGGCUCAGACUCCCAGCAAGCGUAGGAGUCGGUUUGGACUCUCGACUCUGUUCGGCAAGAAGUCGCCAGCCAUUCCUGACCAGAGAGAGGUUCACAUCAUUAGUCCGUCACCGGAUUAUCCUGGCUGGCGUUCCUCCGACUCCGAAGGGCGGCACGAGGCAGGAUCCGGUCACAGCACCCUCCCCCGCAUGUCCGUCAUAUCUCGAAGAAAUCUGGACGAACUAGUGCAACAGGAUCCAGAAUUCGUGGCGUAUCGCUAUCCCUCCAACGACCAACGCAUUGAUUUGUUACGGUGA